AUGGUCGGCAGUCUUAAUACAAUCUCCGAACGUCGUAAUGAGAAACCUACGAUAGACUCGAACAAACCAGACCAAAUUAAACCGGAAGAGAGAAUGACUGCGUCAUCAAAGAUCUUGGAGAAAACCAUCAAAGACUUAACCUUUGUACAGAGAUUGAAAUUAAAGAACGAUCGAUACAUUGUUAUCGAGAAGUUUCGGGAUGUACCUUACGUAAAGAUAAGGGAUUACCACCAGACCAAACAGAAGGGCUUCCCAUUGGCUCCCGGACGAGGGAUUAACCUCACGGUUCCGGACUGGGAGCUGCUCAAGACAAUGAUACCGGCAAUUGAUGAAGCUAUCAAAGAAGUGGACGACGCUUGCAUCGGAUAG